UACAUAUUUCUUUAUUUUCUCGGAAUCUCCCUUAGCAUUCCAAUCAUACUCAACACUAACCACCGAUGACAUGUUACUGGAAGUUGACCAAACCUCUAAAGUGAAUUGUUACUAUUUACUAUCCUAUGGCCUAUCGCUCACAAUUGUUGCCAUUUCGUUGGUCAUUAAUCCCAAUACUUAUACACAAAAUGAUUUUUGUGUGCUAAUGGAGGCAAAUACGCUUUUCUAUUCGAGCUUUGUGGCGCCUGUUUUGCUAUUUUUACUGGGCGCCAUCGGCUACACAUUCCUGUCGUGGGUGAUUAUGUGCCGCAAGAGUCAUACAACACUGAAAAAUAAGGAACACACGCGGCUUGCCAAUGUGCGUUUCGACAUUCGUUGCUCAUUUAUAUUUCUGCUGUUACUGAGCGCCGUUUGGAUUUCCGCCUACUAUUAUUUGCGUCUCUCCAAAACGGAAGAUGAAUUGGCCGUUGUAUGCGGCUAUCUUUUCAUUAGUUUUAAUACUCUAAUGGGAUUGUAUAUUUUCGUGUUUCAUUGCAUACAAAAUGAAAAAAUCCGUCGCGAAUAUCGUAAAUAUGUACGCCAAAACUCUUGGCUGCCUAAGUGUUUGCGCUGCUCGAAAGCCUCCAUCUCCUCGGGCAUAGUGGGCAAUAAUGGCAUUGGCAGUGCUGGUGGUGUCGGCACGGGCAAUGGCAGUGGUGGUACUGGUGGCACUCUUUCCGGCACGCAUCGCGGCACUUCAAGCACAGCACAAUUGAAGAAGUCGAAAUUGCCAAUAGGCAGUGAUGGCUUAGUGUCGGAUGAGACCGGCAAUAUUAUAUCGGCCGCUGAGGAUGCUAUUAUUGCUUCUUCAGAUUGUGAGCUGAAUGACUCGCGUACUUUGACUUCAGUCGGCGGGGAUGGCGAUGCGGAUGCAGUGAAAUGCGUUGGCCCGAAUAUGUCGUCGUUGCAGCAUGGCAAGGGCGGUCACUCUAUAAUUGACGCUAUGCAAGGCCAUAUUGUGCUGGAGCGCGGUGGUGGAGGUGGAAAUACACUGCAUUCAGUGGGCGGCAGUGGCGGUCUGCGCACACCUAGUGCCGGUCACACUUCACCUACCUCGUCGGCUGGCUCAACGCACCUCAUUUUUGGCGGGCAGAAGCAGCAGAUGAUUAGCGCGGGUAUCACAUCAGCUGGCGGCGGGCCACAGGAGGCGUACUACCAUCAACCUGACUACUACGGCUGGAAGCAGCCGAUGGGAAAGGCGAGCGGUGGUAAUAAUGCUUUGAGUUUGGCGCAUCCACGCGACUACCCGGGUAAUGCCGUUUCCCCGCAGCAGGCCCAUGAGUUCUUUUAUUGGACGCAAAAACAUCAGCCGCAUGGCAAGAAGAAGCGCGGUAGUGGAAUUGGUGGCGAUUCGCUGAGCGGCUCGUUGCAUAGCCGCACCACAGCGGCCUCACAAAUUCUCUUCUAUCCCUCGUACAAGAAGACUACGUUGAAGCAGCAACAACAGCAGCAUCAGCAACAGUAUCCUCAUUACGACGAAGCGGUUGGUGCAGCUGCCUACUACCAACAGCAACAACAACAUCAGCAGCAACAACAACAACAUCGUCGCCAUGCAUCUGCAGCCAUGAUGUUGGCGGCACAUCAUCAACAGCAGCAACAGCUAUCCUCAGACGAGGAACAAUUAGAGCCGGCAGCAGCAGCGCAUGCGCAUUUGCUGCACUUAGGUCGACGCGCCGGUUCACAAUUGCCACCACCGCCUGCGCCCGCACCACACGCUUUCCACUAUCCCCAUCACCACUCGCCAGAGUUUAUGGGCGCAGCGCACACGCCGACACAGCGUUACUAUAGAAAUAAGCAUUCCAACUGUGAUCUGAGCCAUGAGGAGUAUGACCCGAGCGGACGCGCGGGUAGCGAACAGUACUACAAUCAAAACUCCAUUGGCGGUGGCGAUGGCCCAGUAUAUGAGGAAAUCCUCAGUAAUCGCAAUUCCGAUGUCCAACACUACGAUAUGGAUUUGAAUAUGUAUGGUCAUCACGAUGAUGACGACGACGAUGACGAUGAAGUGAAUUGUUGCGAUAGUGAGAGUGGUAGUGCCAUGCGCCGUCAACAGAGGCAGCAACAGCUACGUCAGCGUCAUCACUAUGAGGCGGCGCGAAAUGGUGUUUUGGGUGGCGCCGGUAGCAGUGGCAAUGGAGGUGGCAGUCGAUAUGGCCAUGCAGAGAGUGGUGCGUCCAGCGACGAGGACGACGACGACGACAAUGAAGACGAUGGAGAGGACGAAAGCGCGCAACGGCGUGGGUUGCCGCAGGGCGACGAACGCAUGCGGCGACUGAUUGCGAUGCAGGAUGAAGAGUUUCAGCGGCGGUUUCAAAGGCAGCGCAAAAAAGCCGAGAACACAGUGAGCGAAAAGGCAGCAGCGGUAGCAGCUUACUUUGAUCACCACAAUGCAGCAUCGUCAGCCGCGUCAGGCGGUAAUGGUGGUGGCAUAGGCGCGACGGUUUUUGGCAUUAGCGGCGGUGGCAGUGGCGGCGCGGGAUCAAUACGCGCCUUAAAAAAGAUCUCACCGAGUAAUCGAAUAGGCGUACACGAACUAUUCACGACGACUCAUGGAGGCGGUGGUGGUGGUGGACCACCUUUACCGCCGGCCAAUCAGCAACAACAACAGUAUCCCCUGCCAAAGAGGCAACAAUUGUCGCCAACAACACUAAAGGCGACAACAGCAACAACACCGUCAUCGUCGCACACUCAGCCGAUUAUUGGCCGGAAUAUUUCUGCAAUGCUUGAUGAGAAUAAUACAGUGCGCUGUUAUCUGGAACCGUUGCCCAAGUGAGGAGCGAAACAGCAGCUGGACCUCGGAGGUCAGGUAGU